CCCAGUGUGUACGUGCUAUUAAUAUGUCUGUACCAGUGUGUGUACGUGCUACUCCUGUCUGUACCAGUGUGUACGUGCUAUUAAUAUGUCUGUACCGAUGUGUGUACGUGCUAUUCCUCUGUCCCGUCUGUCUGUACCAGUGUAUGUACGUUCUCUUUAUCUGUCCCCUCUGUCUGUACCAGUGUAUGUACGUUCUAUUUAUCUGUCCCGUCUGUCUGUACCAGUGUGUGUACGUGCUAUUCCUCCUCUGUCUACCAGUGUGUGUACGUGCUAUUACUCCGUCUCCUCUGUCUGUACCAGUGUAUGUACGUUCUAUUUAUCUGUCGCCUCUGUCUGUACCAGUGUAUGUACGUUCUAUUUAUCUGUCCCCUCUGUCUGUACUAGUGUAUGUACGUUCUAUUUCUCUGUCCCCUCUGUCUGUACCAGUGUAUGUACGUGCUAUUACUCCGUCUCCUCUGUCUGUACUAGUGUAUGUACGUUCUAUUUAUCUGUCCCGUCUGUCUGUACCAGUGUAUGUACGUUCUAUUUAUCUGUCGCCUCUGUCUGUACCAGUGUAUGUACGUUCUAUUUAUCUGUCUCCUCUGUCUGUACCAGUGUAUGUACGUUCUAUUUAUCUGUCCCCUCUGUCUGUACCAGUGUAUGUACGUGCUAUUACUCCGUCUCCUCUGUCUGUACCAGUUUGUGUAUGUGCUAUUCCUCCUCUGUCUGUACUAGUGUGUGUACGUUCUAUUUCUCUGUCUGUACCAGUGUGUGUACGUGCUAUUAAUAUGUCUGUACCAGGGUGUGUACGUGCUAUUAAUAUGUCUGUACCAGUGGGUGUACGUGCUAUUAAUAUGUCUGUACCAGUGUGUGUACGUGCUAUUAAUAGGUCUGUACCAGUGUGUGUACGUGCUAUUAAUAUGUCUGUAGCAGUGUGUGUACGUGCUAUUGAUAUGUCUGUACCAGUGUGUGUACGUGCUAUUAAUAUGUCUGUACCAGUGUGUGUACGUGCUAUUUCUCUGUCCCCUCUGUCUGUACCAGUGUGUACGUGCUAUUACUCUGUCCCCUCUGUCUGUACCAGUGUGUGUGGUCGGUGUGAUUUAACAUAUUCAUCUUGUUGACUUAUCGUGAUUUCACUCCAAAUGACUUGAAUAUUGUGGUAGAGUAGGUGUAACAAUGGAGGUGUACUGUUGGCGUUACGUGGUGUAGAUAUACAGUAUACUGACAAAUGUUUUACGAUAUCAAAUAUAAGGACAUUAUGUUGGAUAUAAAAUGUUGUACAAUAUAAAAUUGAAGACCAGC